AUGACAGAGGCCUCCUUUGCCAACACGCAUUCCACGGCGCAGCUUUUCCCGGUCACCGCUCCCAAACUCUCCCCUCCUGCCGUCAACGGUGCCAACUCCGCGCACGAGGAUGAUGAAGAACCCUACACCAUCAAGUGCAUCUGUAUAUUUGAUGAUGACGAUGGCAGCACCGUCUUCUGCGAACGCUGUGAAACGUGGCAACACAUUGUAUGCUACUACGAUGGUCAAGAAGUGCCUGACAUUCACAAUUGUGCGGACUGCGAGCCGAGGGCUCUCGAUUCCAAGCGCGCCACCGAGCGGCAGAAGAAACUCAGGGAGCAGAGCGACAGCGGUGACCGGAAGGGUAAGCGAUCAGGCGCAAAAGGCCAGAAGAGGAAGAUUAAAGAUGUACCAUCGGCGGCGACUGAUGGGCCCAAUGCUUGCGGUUCCCACGAGCGCAGCGGCUCCACCUCUGGCUCCAGAGAGCAACAGCCACAACCGAAGAAGCGACCGACCCAUCGUUCAUCCGCCUCAACCAGCUCGGUAGGCACUCCAACCAUCGGUACCGACUCGAAAAAACGCGGGACGUCGUCGGCUACUGUCAUGGCAUCGCCCAUUAAAACUAACCCUCACCCACCGAUUCCUUUAUACUCGCAAGAGUUUCUUCACCUGUACGACAACGACGAGGUCAAUACUGACAUGCAUGGCAACCUAUUCGAUACGCUCGAACUAGCCGGCAAUUUAGCAUCGUGGGUUCAAGAUCCUGUCGCUCUUGCUCGAGUCGCCAACGGCCGCACUUCCAAGGAAGUCUUCACGUAUUCCGACCAGCUAUUAGAUUCGUCGAAAUGGCCCGCUCUUUCAAAGCAAUCGACGACGGAUACGAGUAUUGACUACCAAGGAACACAUCCUAGCUGGCGCUUUCUGAAAGUCGAGAAGGAUGUUCGCAAAGACGAAGUCAUUGGCGAGGUUCGCGGCAAGGUAGGCCACUUUCGUGAUUACUGUCUCGAUCCAAGUAGCAGAUGGCAAGAGUUGCGACAUCCGGAACCUUUUGUCUUUUUCCACCCACAACUCCCGAUUUACAUCGACAGUCGGAAAGAGGGCACGUUGCUGCGCUACAUUCGUCGGUCUUGUCGACCUAAUGUGACUCUGAAGACGUUUAUCACGAACGAAAUUGAAUACCAUUUCUGUUUCGUCGCAAAUCAGGAUAUUCCCAGUGAUUCCGAGGUUACAACAACGUGGUACUUGGAUCCUCAACUCUUCCCGGCUAGCAAUGGGUUUGUGAAGCAGGAGGGCCCUAGCGAAGUUAUCCCGGAUGCCGCGGCGAUUUCGAUAAGUAAUGUUCUCGCUCACUUUGGUGGCUGCGCUUGUGAUCCGUCUCAGACAUGUCUGUUGGCUAGUGUCGACCGCCGCCACCACCCACGCUCCCCCGAGUUAAACGGCAAACAGGUAAAUGGAAGGCGAAAGAAAGGCAAAAAUAAACUGAAUAUAUCUCCAGCAAGCACUGGCUGCGCGACCAAUAGUCGUGCUGGUAGCGAGGUUCGCAAGCACCGAGAAGAUGAGGAUCUCGCCGAAAGCAGGUCAGUAUCUGGCUCUGUGCGGGAUCAUCCGCAUAGUCGCGACAUGACACCCACGGUCCACAGCCCAACAGAUGCCUUUGCAGCAAAUGGUCCUGAGCUUUCGGCUCGGGAGAAACGCAAAAUCGCCGCAGCCGAAAAGAAAUUUGAACAGCUUGAGCACGAUCAACAACAUGCCCACAAAAAACGACGUCGGAAUAAUGCCAGUGCCAGCAUACCGAAAUUUCCAGGUCCCUCGAAACCACCCCGGUUAGACACCAUGCCUGCACGUCGAUCCCCUAGUGUUUCCAACAAGGCGUCUCCCAAUUCUGCGGUAUCAAGACAAGAAUCCCGGCCCACUCCCAAAAACUCGGCUACUAGCACUCCUCGAGUUGGGUCACCGAUGAUGCGCAUGGGUUAUGUUGACUCUGGCAUGCAAACUGAGUCAGAUGAGACCGAUCCACAUUUUGUUCCACCACAACCGCCCUCGCACCCCCCCUUUGUUCCUCUUACCAGACGCUUACUUUUCCAAUACCACCAUGAUCGCUUACACAUCGAAACCAACGGAGUUGAUCCUGUUUCGCCAAAACGAGCGAGCGCCAGCAUGCCUCCACCGCCCAUAGCCAGCAUCAAGACAUCCUCGUCUCCACAGGUCUCGGAUGAUAUUGAAAUGAAGGAUGCGGAUACAAAUCCCACGCCCAAGAGAUUUGUUCAAGCUGCCACUCAGUCCUCUGACUUAGCUGGAGAGCCAUCUAGUCAGCUUUCGUCUCCAUCGUCAUUUCCGUUACCUUCGACCGCCGCCCACAAUUUCCCUGUUCGCCUUCCGCCUGUUGGGAAGACGGAGGAGGCCCCUGCCAGUGCACAAACUACAAGCCCGGCAUCCCCCUGUCCUGACACACCCGUGACUGACGUCUCUCCUUCUCUUCCACCACCACAGAAAGCCAGGCCGCGCCUUUCACCGAUUGCCUUGAAAUCCGGUUUAGGGAUUUCAGCUCCAAGCCCUGUUAAGAAGAGGAUGAGUUUGGGUGAUUAUAUGUCACGUCGGGGCAAUCUGGCCACAUCCACCGCGGACAAGACUCAAGUGCAGAGUCCCGACGGCCCACGGCAAGCUACUCCAACUUCGGCAGUCGCUACCAGUAUGGAGACUGCGCACCCACAGGCUAGUAGGCGUGUUGAUGAUAUUCUUAAACGCGAAAGCGAUCCAGCCCCUGAUAUUGAGAUGAAGGAUGUUCCCCCUCCACCUUUAUCUGCUGGCCCGUCACCUUCCCCCGCUUCUGUCCUACCGCAAGAUCCGCGACUGAAAUAA